CCACUGUCCGCCAGUGCUUUCCUGUCUUCCACUCUGCGGCUCUUUUCGCUUCUGCAAGUGGGUGGGCGCGCAUUCGCUACGACCAAGAAAAGACCCAGACAAAUACUCGCCAGUAAGAGGACCGAGUCCUCUUUCCUUGAAGCGUUUUUAAAAAUAAUUUCCAAAGCGAUGGUAACCUACGAAUAAGACCAACUUGAACGCAGCUUCUUUAUCCAUGACACCACUGGAGCACUGGACAGAAUGGUAACCCUGUGGAUAUUUUUCUUGUGUCUUAUUGGAGGAAGUUGGACUGAAAGAUCCAGUUCGUCUCCUACCGACACUGCUGAUAAUGGUAUAUCAGAUUUCUGUCGUAUCGAUGGCCUUCUGUGCCGCGACGAGAACCCUGUUCUCAGUUUUGAGGCCAUCCGCAGCAUCCACAAGCAGAUGGACGAUGACAAAAACGGCAAUGUGGACGUGGUCGAGACAGACGGGUUCUUAAGAGAGGAUCUGAACUACCAUGACCCCAAGGCCAAGCACAACAGCUUCCAUGGGGAUGACCAAUUCAUUAGCGUGGAAGAUCUGUGGAACGCCUGGAAGGGCUCUGAAGUGUAUAACUGGACAGUGGACGAGGUAGUGGAAUGGCUCAUCACUUAUGUGGAGCUGCCGCAGUACGUGGAGGCCUUCCGUAAGAUGAGCUUUAACGGUAGCUCCAUGCCCAGGCUGGCUGUGAAGAACACAACUCUGACACACGCCAUCCUCAAGAUUCUGGACCGCAGCCACGUUCAAAAGCUGCAACUCAAAUCUCUGGACACCGUCCUGUUCGGAGCACCCCUCAUGAACAGACACAACCAUCUGAAGGACUUCAUGUUGGUGGUGUCCAUUGUCAUCGGAAUGGGCGGUUGCUGGUUCGCUUACAUCCAGAACCGCUACUCCAAGGAUCACAUGAAGAAGAUGAUGAAGGAUCUGGAGGGCCUGCAGAAGGCCGAACAAAGUCUUCAUGACCUGCAACAAAAGCUCCAGAUCGCACAGGAGGAGCAUCGCUCGGUGGAGGUGGAGAAGGUCAACCUUGAGCAGAAGCUCAGGGAUGAGAUCAGCACAGCAAAGCAGGAAGCCCAACGGCUAAAGGAGCUGCGUGAGGGCACUGAGAACGAACUCAGUCGACAGAAGUACGCCGAAGAGGAGCUUGAGCAGGUACGCAUGGCGCUUAAGAAAGCCGAGAAGGAGCUGGAGUCGCGAAGCUGCUGGGCCCCUCCAGAAUCGCUCCAGAAGUGGCUGCAGCUCACUCACGAGGUGGAAGUGCAGUAUUACAACAUCAAGAAGCAGAAUGCUGAACGGCAGCUCCUGGUUGCUAAAGAAGGGGCUGAAAAGAUCAAGAAAAAGAGGAACACUCUCUUUGGGACAUUCCACGUAGCACACAGCUCGUCCCUGGAUGAUGUGGACCACAAAAUUUUAGCAGCAAAACAAGCACUAGGCGAGGUGACGGCCGCCCUGCGCGAGCGUCUCCACCGCUGGCAGCAGAUCGAACUGCUCACCGGCUUCACAGUGGUCAACAACCCUGGCCUACCGUCGCUGGCGUCGGCCCUCAACCUGGACACCAGCUUCUUAGGGGGCCGCGCCACGCCGCAGCACUUUAUUGUGUCGGACGACUUGGACGACCUGGACGAGGACAUCUUGCCCGCCGUGCUGCAAUAUGGCAAACGGCUGUUGGAGCGACGAGCCAGUGACCUGUGGUCCGGCGGCUCGGAUUGUCAACCCGUAUGGAAAAAUCUCGCUCCCAGCAUGAUGUCCCUGCGCCAACGCCACAUUGAUCCGCACCUGGCUUUGAGCUCGCAGAGGUUGGUAGAGGGUUCCCAGCUGGAGGGUCAGCAGGGGGAGGGAUCUUCGCAUUCAGGUCCACGGCCUAGGACGGCUUUCCGAGAGUCCCGCAGCCAGUCUUUCGGGCACCUCGAGAAUUUGUGUCUGCCCCCGCUGUCUUCUGCUGUUUCCCAUCCCGCCAUCAUCUGUAGCUCGGGCGCCAAUCUGCAUUCCUCUUCUUCUGUUGGCCCUCAUUCCUCCCACGUUUAUCACCCAUCCUUUCAGCCUUUGGACCCAAUUCCAGACCUCACCUUCUCCGAUGUCUCCGAAGCACAAUCGGCGCGUAGAGACAGCUUUGGGGACCUAAAUCGGUCGGACUCCGACUCGUCGCUCUCCCUGUCGCAAGUGAGCGACAGGCUGUCGGUGUUUGGCUCUAAAGGCCUCCUGAUGAAGCCCACCUCCCUGCUGCACAGCUUGCCCAACGGGAGCAACAGGGUCCAUGAAUGCAGCGCGGGUGAGUACUUGCCCGACAGCCCCAUCCUCAUGAAGAAGGUUCAGCAACAGGAGGUGGCGGCAGAGGCCCACAGCCCCACCGAGUCUACCCGCUCCCUCAGCUCCACCGAGCCGGAGACCCCCUCGCCCACCUGGGUAGCUGGGGCCAAGGGAAACUCCCGCAUCCCGCAGCUGUCAGCCAAGAAGAGCCCGCUAGAGGAGGACAGCGCCUCCACGGGCGAGGACACUGAUUCCACAGCCAGCCGCAAGAAACACACUUUCAAGAUUUUUAAGAAGCAGAAGAAAUGAGGGCUAUGUCUCCUUUUGGGGUUCUUUAAUUGUCCCGUUGCCACUUGACAUUUUGUGAGGUUUCAAAACUUUUGGACUUGGGGAGCAAGCAGCGCUGCUUAUAUUAUGAACAAAAAGGUACGGUAAUUUUCGGACUAUAAGCCGCUAAUUGAGAGGCGCUGUGCAAACUGACCCACAUGCACAGGAGCAUCAAAACAAAUGCUGGCUCAAUGGCAUUCUAGGGUGAUCAUUUCCAAAAAGAGGAUACAAAUAACAGACAUAAAUAAUCCCCCUUUAGUCUUAUAUUCAAAGUUUAUAUGGAUUCAUAGGCAUGUGCGUGCAUGACGCACACAUAUACAGACAAUUUGCCUUGACUCUCGGCCGUGUAAGCAAUCUUGAAAUAUUGCGCAUUUGGAGCACAAAUAACCCCCCAUUUUCAUUUUUCAAAAAAAUGACUUGUCAAGCUCACCUCUUCCUUAAAAGCCGCACUCAAGCUAGGUGCUAACGGUAAUGCACAGCACCAUCGCUAACGUAGCGCCCUGCCUCUCACUUUUUGCUGAUGUAAUUGCCGCAUGAAUUCCUAGAUCAAAUUUGAAAUGGUCCACUUUUAUGCAACUUGUCCUGUUCAGAAAGUCAAGUUAAUGCCUGACUCGAGUCAAAAAAACACGAAAAAAUCGGAUUUGUGCAUUCAGACCUAGCCAAAGUGUCAUCCGGCAAAAAAUGUCACCAACUCCAUUUAGGUCCAGCUCGGAUCUUUCACAUCCGUUCAAAAGUGAUGUAAUUUGCUUGAUGAAACUAAAUGACAUCUGUCAUAAGCAUUAAUUAAUGCUCAUGACAGUGCCAUCCAUCCAUCAUCUUCUGCUGCUCCCGCGUCGGGUCGCGGGGGCAACAGCUUUAACAGGGAAGCCCACACUUCCCUCUCCCCAGCCACUUCAACCAGCUCCUCCAGCGGGAUCCCAAGGUGUUCCCAGGUCAGCCGAGAGACACGGUCAGACCCGGUCUCUCCAGCGUGUUCUGGGUUGUCCCCGGGGCCUCCCGCCGGUGGGACAUGCCCGGAAAACCUCUCCGGGGAGGUGUCCAGGAGGCAUCCGAACCAGAUGCCUGAGCCACCUCAGCUGGCUCCUCUCAACGCAGAGGAGUAGCGGCUCGACGUAGAGUCCCUCCCGGAUGACCGAGCUUCUCACCCUAUAUCUUAAGGGAGAGCCCGGACAUCCGGCGGAGGAAACUCAUUUCAUCCGCUUGUAUCCAGGAUCUUGUUCUUUCGGUCACGACCCACAGCUCGUGACCGAGGUGAGGGUGGGAACGUAGAAUUGACUGGUAAAUCGAGAGCUUUGCCUUUCGGCUCAGCUCCUUCAUCACCACUACGAACUGUUGCAGUGUAAUGCAGAUGCUGCACUUAUCCGCCUGUCGACCUCCCUCUCCCACCUACCCUCACUCGUGAACAAAACCCCAAGAUAUUUGAACUCCUCCACUUGGGGCAGGAUCUCAUCCCCGACCCAAAGAGGGCACUCCACCCUUUUCCGACUGAGGACCAUGGUAUCGGAUUUGGAGGUGCUGAUCUUCAUCCCGACCGCUUCACACUCUGCUGCGAACCCCUCCAGUGAGAGUUGGAGGUCACGGCUUGAUGAAGCCAACAGCACCGCAUCUUCUGCAAAAAGCAAAGAUGCAAUGCUGAGGUCACCAAACCCCUCAAGGCUUCGGCUGCGCCUAGAAAUUCUGUCCAUAAAAAUUAUGAACAGAAUCUGUGACAAAGGGCAGUCUUGGCGGAGUCCAACCCUCACUGGAAACCAAUUCGACUUCCUGCCGGCAAAAUGGACCAAACUCUUGGCACCGGUCGUACAGGGUCCAAACAGCCCUUACCAAGGAGCUACUGUAGGUACCCCUUACUCCCGGAGCAUCCCCCACAGGACUCCCCGGGGCACACGGUCGAACGCCUUCUCCAGAUCCACAAAACACAUGUAGACUGGUUGGGCGAACUCCCAUGCACCCUCGAGGACCCUGCCGAGGGUGUAGAGCUGGUCCGCUGUUCCACGGCCGGGACGAAAACCAUACUGCUCCUCUUGAAUCCAAGAUUCGACCCUCGUCUCCAGCACCCCUGAAUAGACUUUACCGGGGAGGCUGAGGAGUGUGAUCCCUCUAUAAUUGGAACACACCCUCCGGUCCCCCUUUUUGAAAAGGGGGACCACCAGCUCGGUCUGCCAAUCCAGAGGCACGGUCCACGAUGUCCAAUCGAUGUUGUAGAGGCGUGUCAGCCAUGACAGCCCCACAACAUCCAGAGGCUUUUGGAACUCCGGGUGGAUCUCAUCUACCCCCGGGGCCUUCCCACCGAGGAACUUUCCAACCACCUCAGUGACUUCAACCCCAGAGAUCGGAGAGCCCACCUCGAAGUCCCCAGAUCCUCCUUCCUCAAAGGAAGGCGUGUCAGUAUAAUUAGGAGGUCUUCGAAGUAUUCGCCCCACCGACUCACGACAUCCCGAGUCGAGGUCAGCAGUACCCUAUCUUCACUAUACACAGUGUUGAUGGUGAGACUGUUUUCCUCUCCUCAGACGCCGGAUGGUGGACCAGAAUUUCCUCGAAGCCGUCCUGAAGUCAUGUUCCAUGGCCUCGCCAAACUCCUCCCAUGUCAGAGUUUUUGCCUCAGCGACUGGGACAGUCACAGUGUCAUGUCAUAAUUAUAAGAACGUCAUGAGAUUCUUAUGAUGCUGCUGUCAAAUAAAGUAUUACCGGUUAAUAUUUUCUGAUGUAAAUAUCCAUAAUACAAUGAGGACAGCUGCGGUUUAUAGUCCGGUGCGGCUUAUCUAUGAACAAAUGCUGUUUUCGUGCCUAAUUUGGUGGGUGGCGGCUUAUAGUCAGGUACGCCUUACGGUCUGAAAAUUACGGUAGCCAUAUACAGUGGGGCAAAUAAGUAUUUAGUCAACCACUAAUUGUGCAAGUUCUCCCACUUGACAAUUUUAGAGAGGCCUGUAAUUGUCAACAUGGGUAAACCUCAACCAUGAGAGACAGAACGUGGAAAAAAAAAACAGAAAAUCACAUUUUCAUUUUUAAAUAUUUUAUUUGCAAAUCAUGGUGGAAAAUAAGCAUUUGGUCAAUACCAAAAUUUCAUCUCAAUACUUUGUUUUGUACCCUUUGUUGGCAAUACCUGAGGCCAAACGUUUUCUGUAACUCUUCACAAGCUUUUCACACACUUUUGCUGGUAUUUAGGCCCAUUCCUCCAUGCAGAUCUCCUCUAGAGCAGUGAUGUUUUGGGCUGUCGUUGGGCAACACGGACUUUCAACUCCCUCCACAGAUUUUCUAUGGGGUUGAGAUCUGGAGACUGGCUAGGCCACUCCAGGACCUUGAAAUGCUUCUUACGAAGCCACUCCUUUGUUGCCCUGGCUGUGUGUUUGGGAUCAUUGUCAUGCUGAAAGACCCAGCAAGGUCUCAUCUUCAAUGCCUUUGCUGACGGAAGGAGAUUUUCACUCAAAAUCUCUCGAUACAUGGUCCCAUUCAUUCUUUCCUUUGCACAGAUCAGUCGUACUGGUCCCUUUGCAGAAAAACAGCCCCAAAGCAUGAUGUUUCCACCCCCAUGCUUCACAGUGGGUAUGGUGUUCUUCAGAUGCAAUUCAGUAUUCUUUCUCCUCCAAACACGAGAACCUGUGUUUCUAGUUCUAUUCUGGUUUCAUCUGACCAUAACCCAUUCUCCCAGUCCUCUUCUGGAUCAUCCAAAUGCUAUCUAGCGAACCGCAGAUGGGCCUGGACGUGUACUGGCUUCUGCAGGGUGACACGUCUGGCAGUGCAGGAUUUGAGUCCCUGGCGGCGCAUUGUGUUACUGAUAGCUUGCAUGAAGCCCCAGAUCGAGGGAGAUUAUCAGUGGUCUUGUAUGUCUUCCUAUUUCUAAUAAUUGCUCCCACAGUUUAUUUCUUUACACCAAGCGUUUUACCUAUUGCAGAUUGUCUUCCCAGCCUGGUGCAGGUCUACAAUUUUGUCCUUCGAUAGCUCUAGGAGUUUGGAGUGUGACUGACUGAGGUUGUGGACAGGUGUCUUUUAUACCGAUAAUGAGUUAAAACAGGUGCCAUUAAUACAGUUAACGAUUGGAGCCUCGUUAGACCUCGUUAGAAGAAGUUAGACCUUUUUGACAGCCAGAAAUCUUGCUUGUUUGUAGGUGACCAAAUACUUAUUUUCCACUCUAAUUUGGAAAUAAAUUCUUUAAAAAUCAAACAAAGUGAUUUUCUGUUUUUUUUCUCCACAUUGUCUCUCAUGUUUGAGGUUUACCCAUGUUGACAAUUACAGGCCUCUCUAAUCUUUUCAAGUAGGAGAACUUGCACAAUUGGUGGUUGACUAAAUACUUAUUUGCCCCACUGUAUGUUCUUUUGGGUGAAAUUCCAGGAUAGAACUUGACUCAGUGGCUGGUUCAAUUGGAUUGGACUUUAUUGCUGUCAAUGGCAGCCAAUUAAUUAAAGGCAAUACAAACUCUACUAAAUAAAAGUAUCGGAAUUUUUGAACGCCUGAAGGAAAUUUGGUGGAAACAUUGCUUGUUGAAGAAAAAGUAAUUUUUUCAUCCACUACCAAAAUCAAGUGUGAGUAAAACGCUAAAAUAACGACUCAAACUCAAUUGAGAUGUGUAUUUGUUAUAAUGCCAACGGGAAAUUGGCUCAAUUGGACUGUUCAAUUGCAAAUAUGGUCAUAAAAUUAGCAAAGAAAGUGUUUACAAACCACACAAUGACCUUUGACACAGAGUCCCAUUCUGAAAGCCCUGCCAAUGACUGUGGUACACGACAAAACAAUUUUAACUGGGAAGUAGCUCAAAGUAUUUUUUUUUUUUUGUUUGUUUGUUUUUUUCUAAACAGAUGUUUAUAAAAUGUCUUGCAUGAUAUACUGAAGCGUUUACAGUUGAAAGUGCAUCAAAAGUUUACAUACGGUUCGACUGUAAAGGUGACAUUGUACUCCACUCAUUGUGUAGGCUCAUCCUGGAAUUUUACAAAAAAAAAAAAAACUUAAUAUUCCUCUCUUUUUGUGAGCAGUACCAGUGGUUGGGGGGUGCAAUGUAAAGAAUUAUUUAUUCUAUGCCAGUCUCCAAGGGAAACAACCGUGUUUUUCUGUGCAUGCCUUUUGGUUAAAUGCUGACAUUAUUUAUUUAACUCAAUGACUAGGCCUCACUUGGUCAGGAUUUUUUUUUUUUUUUUGUUUAAGACGACCAUGUGACACAGACGACACAGUCCAAUGUUAAAAGUGUAUUUGGCUGUAGUUUUUUUUUUUUGUGUGUCUCCUGUUUAUUUUGAAUAGAUGUGGUGUCACCGGAGAAAAACUGUUACCCAAAAAUAUCAUGUUAGAGUCCAAGACACAGAAAAACAUGUUUUUGACCAAUAUUUACUGUCAAUAUGAGCAAGUUCAGUACAAUUAAAAAUGAAGGUCCUCUCAGAAAAGUCCCAAAUGAGCCAUAAGGAGUAUGUUAAAUUUGUUAUUGUUAGCCUCAGCAAUCCAAGGCAGCAUUAAAGGGGAAGUUCAGAAUUUUUUACAUCAGGCUUAAUCUUCGAGUUAGCGAGGGUUUAAUUAAUCUGUGGAGUUUAUUUCAACAAAUGCCGUGUCGUUUAUUAGUUAUUUUUUCGUUUUGGGGCUCCGGAGUGGCUAAGUUAGCGCGGGUCAAUCGGGCAGACUUAGCAUGCCAAUAAAAAACAAAUGCAAUCAAUAGUGUUGGCUAUGUUUUCAGGAUAAAGUUAUUACAACUUACCAUUGCGUGUUAAUAAUUGCAGUAUGGACAGCAAGAUUUGUAAUCCAGAACCUCUGCAAAGGAGCAGGGCGGCGUAAUAUCGCAUCGUUUUUUUUUCCACCGCUGAUUUUUUUAAUGCCGUAGCCAGCAGCAAGUAACCGGUUUAUAUUGUUUCUCAUUCUUCAUAGAGAAUAUUUGGAAACUUUCCUUUGCCCAUUUCUUGUGAUUCCACAGCCUCUGGAUGCACAUUUUACCAUGUUGCCGGGGGUCAAUUAACUCAGCAGAUCGAGGCUGCAUUCAAGGAAAGUGGGAAGUCAGAGUUUCCAACCUCGGAUCUGGAAACGCAUCAUUGGAACGCCUCCAUCCACCAGGCCUGUCAACGGGGACCUGGGGACAAGAGACCAUUAUAGGCAUAAGCGGAUUUUAAGGGGGGGGGGGGCCCUGGUGGCCGAAAAGCGUCAUUGCAUGUAAUUGACUUUCACACAUCAUGUGACUUUGCAUAUAAUUUAAAAAAAAAAAAUGGGGAGGGCAACUUUAUUUUUCAAAUGAUUUUUUUUCCUUUGAUUUGAAAAUAUUUUUUGAAGCAACUUUUUUUGGGAUUGAAUAAUUUAGACACAAACUUCCUACCUAUAAUAUGGCCCAAACACAAAAAGGAUUGCUUAAACCAAAGAAAACUUUUUCAAUGAAAAAUUAAGUGUUCAAAUGCUUUUUCAAUCCAAAAUAUUCUUUCGCAUUCAAAAACUUUUUGUAUGAUGAAAUUUUUCUUUUUGAAAAUAAGUUCGAAGCAACUUAUUUUUUGAUUGAAUAAUAAAGACAAACAUGUCCUAGCCAAAAUGUGGCCCAAACAAAUCAACAUUACUUCAAUCAAAAAAAGUUGCUUCAAUAAAAAAAAAAAAAAAAAAAAAAAGAAAAAUAGCUUUCACAUGCAUUUUUUUGAGUUUUACAUUUAUUUUUGCAUUCAAACACAUUUUUUUUUUGAUUGAAGCAACCCUUUUUUUGAUUGAAUAAUAGAGACACAAAUCUACCUCCAUAUGGCUCAGCCCAGGGGAUACAAUUUUUGACUGGGGGAACUACAUUCGCAUGACACCGGCGGCGUACCAUAUUCAAUGGAUGACGAUCUUGGUGAAUUCCCCAAGCAAAAAAAAAGGAAAAAUAUAUAUAUUUGAAAGAUUUCAUAUGUUAAGGUUUUUGAGUAUAAAUCGAGUAGAACAUAAUAUUUAAUCAGACAAUGAUUUAAAUAUGUGAAUGUAAAGUAAAAAUAAAUUAAGGAUCAUUCAGGGGCCCCUAUGGUCCUGAGGCACGGGACAACAUACACGGUAGCCCCCCCGGUGACGGGCUUGGCCUCCACUAUUUAAUCGCUUACGAGAUCGCAGGUUUGCUGGAGGUCAAUGGAUGAAUGUAUUUUGAUGGCCAUAAUAAAAAACUUGUCGCGAUCAGCCAUCUUUGCCGUUUACAUUCGCUUGGAAUGCUUUGCGGUCGCAAUUUGUACCCUCCACGUGGUGUUUUGGAACAAUGAUCUGCAAUUUGAAUUCAUUUGACUAUGUUGGAUCUGUUCGUAGAUUUGUUUAGUUUUUUUUUUUUUUUUUUUUUUAAAUUGGCUUGCUAAGUUGGCCCCGUUGACUCGCGCUAGCUUAGCCACUCCGAAGCUCUGUAACUGACAAAUAACUUGCACACUGCACAGAAUUUUUAAAAAUCAACUCCACCCACUAAUUAAACCCCCGCUAACUCGUCAAAUGUCAAAAAAUUCUGAAGUUCCGCUUUAAAGUUUAUUAUUUUUAAAAUUCAACAUCAAAAAUGAGGUUCCGGGGCCAGUUCAUUGCUGUUUGCAGCUUUAAUUUAGCCUUGUUUUCUGUAUAUAGGGCCAUGGAUACGUAGUGGGUGCUGGAAAAGGGCUAAAACUAUGUGGUACCAAUCAAAAAGAGUGGCUAAAUGACCAAGGAUCCCACAUCAAAGUGCCAAAUCCCUGUGCCUGGACACCAUGUUUUGUAAUGUCAAAGGGUGUUCUUGCAACAAUUCUUUGUCUUUUAUGUUUACAUUUGUCAAGGAACCUUUAUGACUAUGCAUCUGUAGUUACAUUUUCUGCUCCAAACACAAAGACAGUAGGCCAAACUCUCGGGAUGCGCUUUUGAAAAUUUUACACAUGACUUUUUUUCCUCGCAAAGAAUUGGUACAUCUUUUGCACGACAGCUUUACUGUUUAAAAAAUAAAUAAAUUUAAAAAACUGAAUGGUGUUGAUGCAUGGUCAAAGUGCUUCGACUCUUCUGCCUCCCUGUUCUAGGUUCUUUUAAAUGGUUGGGCUUUUAAUAAUGAAAUCCAUUGCGAGUAUUUGUACAGAGACGAUGUCAACUUUUGCAUAUCUCGUGAUGGUCUUUAAUGGCACUCUUGCAUGAAAGCAAUAAACUAUUUUAAACAAACAGUAGUAAGGUGGUUUGAUUUCCAUAGUUUUUUUAGGGCUGUCAAAAUUAUCGCGUUAACGGGCGGUAAUUAAUUUUUAAAAAUUAAUCACGUUAAAAUACUUGACUCAUUUAACGCACAUGCCCCGCUCAAACAGAUUAAAAUGACAGCACAGUGUAAUGUCCACUUGUUACUCGUGUUUUUCGGUGUUUUGUCGCCCUCUGCUGGCGCUUGGGUGCGGCUGAUUUUAUGGGUUUCAGCACCACAUGAGCAUUGUGUAAUUAUUGACAUCAACAAUGGCGAGCUACUAGUUUAUUGUUUGAUUGAAAAUUUUACAAAUUUUAUUAAAACGAAAACAUUAAGAGGGGUUUUAAUAGAAAAUUUCAAUAACUUGUACUAACAUUUAUCUUUUAACACUAUAAUGCCCAGCAGAGGCCAACUUGGCCUUUCCCAUGGCAAAUCCUCAUGAUCCAGAAUUCGCUGGGACUUCUAGUAGAACUACACGUCUUUCUAUCCAUGGAUCGCUUUAAUAGAAUGUAAAUAAUGUUAAUCUUGUUGAUUUACUGUUAUAAUAAACAAAUACAGUACUUAUGUACCGUAUGUUGAAUGUAUAUAUCCGUCUUGUGUCUUAUCUUUCCAUUCCAACAAUAAUUUACAGAAAAAUAUGGCAUAUUUUAUAGAUGGUUUGAAUUGCAAUUAAUUACGAUUAAUUAUUUUUUAAGCUGUAAUUAACUC